AUGUGCAACAACAACAACAACUACAACAACAGAGAACAAAUUAUUGGAAAAACUCUGUGCAGACAUUUGAUUGUGUUUGGCUGAAAAUGAUUUACUUGUCACAACUGUAUUUUGAAAGGAAGGUUGUUUAACUAUCAUCAAAAAUGAUUCCACAGUUUAAAAGAAGUAAAUUUACUCUUUUAUUUCUCUCAACAUCAGUGUUUUGCAUCUUACUACUUCUUCACAAAGUAUCUCAGAAGGACUCUGCCUUGGCAAGGCUGGAAUACCAGCUGUCACAGUUGCCAGGCAACACAAGACGUCACCUUGCUGAAAGUUAUGACCAGUCUUAUGGAGAUUAUUUUAACAGUGAAGAGACUAUUGUGAUAUAUAACCGUGUACCAAAGACAGGAAGUACCUCAUUUGCUGGAAUAGCCUACGAGCUGUGCAACACUAACAAAUUUCAUGUUCUACAUGUAAACACGACGAGGAAUGUACAUAUGCUUUCUAUAAAUGAUCAGAUGCAUUUUAUACAGAACAUUACAAACUGGGAUGCGAAGAAACCUGCCAUAUAUCACGGACAUUUCUACUAUAUAGACUUCUUAAAACUGGGAUUUAAUGAGAGAAGACCUGUCUAUAUCAACAUCAUCAGAAAACCUCUAGACAGACUAUUGUCCUAUUAUUAUUUUGUACGAUAUGGUGACAACUUCAGACCUCAUCUUAAACGGAGAAAAAUGGGAAAUCAGAUGACAUUUGAUGAAUGCGUAGCGAAGAACCAUAAAGAUUGUGACCCUGUCAAUCUAUGGUUACAGAUACCUUUCUUCUGUGGACAUUCUUACAGAUGCAGGCAGCCUGGUAGUAGAUGGGCCCUGGAGCAAGCCAAGUUUAAUCUUGUCAACAAAUAUCUUUUGGUUGGUGUCACAGAAGAGUUAGGGGACUUCAUAGCUAUGAUGGAAGUGAUCCUGCCGAGGUUCUUCAAGGGGGCGAUGGACUUGUACCUCAAUGGAGAAAAAUCCCAUCUUCGUCAAACAAACAAGAAAGACAAGCCCAGUGAAGAUUCCAUAGAUAAAAUACAAGAAUCUACAAUUUGGAAGAUGGAGCACGAAUUCUAUGAAUUUGCGUUAGAACAAUUUCAUUUUCAAAAACGAUUGACGUUUCAAGCUAUAGACAAGUUAGAUGACAUGGGUUUACAGGAAAGCUCAAACAGUCCCAAUCAACAGACAUAUUUGUUGUCUGACGGACAUCUAUACAUUCAGAAAGUAUUACAGUUUCACUACGAGAAAGUGCGACCACAGUGAGUCUGAAAUCCAGGUGAUGGUUUUGGGGGGUUUGAAGAAUGAAAAUCAAAUGAAAUUAGUGCCAGUUAUAUUAUAGAAAUUAGAAUGGUUCUGUAAGAAUUUAAAAUAUGGAAGUAAGAGUGUAGGUUAUUACUUGAAUAGAUGGUUUGUAUUUAACUUAUUUUCAAGUUUCUUUACUCUUACUGUAAGAUUUUCAAGUGAAGGAGCUAGUCUGAUAAAUGCAGUUCUGUGAUUGGUCAGUAUUUCAGGAACAUGUUCAGAAGCAGUUAAUCAGAUGCUUAUAUUUUUGUGUAUUUGGUGAUGUUUCUAAAUAUAGAUUUGUAGUAUGAAGUUUUAUGUAAAAGCUCCUGGGAGCUUGUAACUACUGUGAUUGGUGUAUAUUUUCAUUGAAGGGCUUUGAUUGGUUAUGAAAUAAUGUCUGGUUAAGAGAGAAUUCAGACAUUGAGAGGGUGAUGAAAUGUCUCGACAUUCCGUUUCUCCUUAGAUGUGACGAGAAAUGGUUAUAACUGACUAAUAUAGGCAUAUGUGCAGAUAUUUUAGAAUUUUUUAUGUAUAAUGUAUUUUUUUCUACAUUAGUAUCAUUGAUCUAAGAGAUCGAUCUUUGUAAAGUGUCAUUUCAUUUUGACAUACAGUAGUUUAUUGCAUAUUCUGUUAUGUUUAUAUAUUUGCCAUAAAAUUGCUGACAGUGCAGAUUUUUCAGAUUUGAAAUGCCAGAAAAAAAUCACAUGGUUACUAUUUUUAGACAAUUGUUACAAGAAAUUAAGAUGUACACUAUUCUAAAGGUAUAUUUAUAAGUUUUUUUUUGUCAAAAUUUUAUACAAUUUUGAAAUUACUUCUUUGCCAAUUUAGAAAAAAAGAUAAUUUUAUUUUAAUACUGAGAUUUAUAUUUUGUACUGAUUUUUUGUUUUAAGAAUUCUCCCAGAGAGAGCGAAGUUGUCAAUAACACAGUGUGUUAUCCUUUACUAUACUAAAUAUCUCGGAUGGAAUAAUUGUUAAAUUCUUGAUGAAUUAUUUUCAAUAUUAUAUACAUGGCAUGUAUAAGUAGCCGGAGUUUUAGUCACUUUUGAAAUUAACCUUACUAUGGAGAGGACAAUGCUCCGUGUUGUUCAGUCAUAUUGACUGGUAGAUUAUGUUAACAUAUAUAUACACCUGGAAAUAAGUUAAGCACACCUGGCAUUUUUGCUUCAAUUUUGACAUCACCACAACUGAAAAUUUAAAUUUUAUUUUGGCAAUCUGUAGUCAACCUGCAACAACUGAAACAAUCUCUGCACAAAAAAUGGCAAAAUUUACCUCAAAAUCGCAUUAGACUCCUUACUUGUAGUGUGUGGAGAAGGAAUGAGGCUGUCAUCCGGGCACGUGGUGUGUAACGUGGUGGUUACACACAUUAAAAAUUUGGCUACAUAUUGUCAUUUUAGGUUACGUAAUCAUCAACAUUUACCAAAAAUAUCCACCAGUAAAUAUUUUGUAAACACUUCAACACCAUACUUAUAAACACUUAAAAUUUUGGUAAUAAACAACACAUUUGGUUAUGCUUCAAUAAUUUGGUUAAGAAUAAACAAAACUCAUAAAUUUACUUGUUUAUGAUUACUAAAUUGGUAACGCUACUUAUCAAAUUACUAUUUCUUAGUUCAAUUAUGUCGUCAUCUCAUAACAGUGCUUUCAAUCACAACCAAUUUUAAAUUUCCGGGAUGUGCUUAACUUAUUUCAAGGUGUAUAUAUAGACAGGUAAAUUAUGUCAUCAUAUAUAUAUUGACUGGUAGAUUAACAUUUAUUUACUAUAAAACUAUAAGUUUAUUGCCAAAAUUUACUUCUGGUCUGCAGUCAAAUCUGUGGAACAAAAUAUUAUGUAAAGACAUGUAUAACAAAUUAAAACAAAUAAUUUUGUUUACUUUGAGUAUGUUACAUUUGUAAUAAUUCAGUUUACAGAUUGUAGUAACGUAGCCAUUCUUGUUGUUUAUUGUCAUAUAUCAAUUUUCUUUGUUGUUUGGAUAUUUAACAAUAUGCAGUCAAAUUUGAACAGUGAUAUAUUUUGUCAAUAUACCACACAAGGGCCCUGAGUAUUUAUUAAUUUUAAUGAUAAAAAUAAAUACUGUAAUUAAAACAGCUAAAAAAUAGACAUACACUUUCAGAAUUUUUUUUUCUACAGAUUUUGUUGGUUC